AUGACGUGGCGUGAGGAGCUGCGUAGUCGGCAGUUCUGGCGUGCCAUGGUGGCAGAGCUACUUGGCACCCUGGUGUUAGUGAGCGCUGUGCUGGGUGCCUCUGUGCCAGGCCCUGGAGAGGCCCCUGGAGGACCCCUCUAUCCAGCGGUGGCAGUGGGUGUGGUGAUUGUAGCACUGGGACACUGUUUUGGAGAAAUAAGUGGGGCACAGGUGAACCCAGCUUUGACUCUGGCUCUGUUGGCCACACGGCGGCUGGAUGUUCUCCGGGCCCUUGUUUAUAUCAUUGCUCAGUGUUUGGGGGCCUCCUUAGGAGCCGGGGCCCUGUACUUGGCCCUGCCUUUUAAAACCACUGCAGACUACUUUGUCAACAGGGUACCUUUAGAGUUAAAUGCAGCCAAGGCUCUGUGCAUUGAGGUUUUGUGCACCUUCCAGAUGGUCUUCACUGUCUUCUCAGUGGAGGACCAGCGAAGGAGGGAGAGCCCAGAACCAGGAAACCUGGCCAUUGGAUUAGCACAUACUGCUGGUGUACUGAUAGGGGCGCGGUUCUCUGGUGCGAGUAUGAAUCCUGCCCGCUCUUUUGGUCCAGCCAUCAUCACUGGUUUCUGGGAAGAUCACUGGGUUUACUGGAUCGGGCCAGUGCUCGGUGCCAUACUGGCGGGGGUCUCCCAUGAGUUCUUCUUUGCACGCAGCGCCUCUCGUCAGAAGCUGGUGGCCUGUUUGACCUGUAAGGACAUCGAGAUCGUGGAGACGGCAAGCAUGACCGGAUCAUCGCUGUCCACAGUUACCCAGAAUGCCACAAGAGCCAAGCAGGCCAACAAACAGGAGAACAACUGA